AUGCGCGCACCGUCAUGGACAUCUGUAUUACUACUCGCCGCGAGCGUUCACGCGGGCCACGGCCAACGCCGCUAUGAAGACAACGACUAUUUUGCUGUCCACCUCAGGUCGACGGCCGACCCCUGGGAUGUGGCCCGCCGGUUAGGAAUAGUCUAUGAAGGACAAAUUGGAGAACUUCUCCAUCAUCACACCUUUUCUUGUCCAAAAAACUCGUGCUCUGACUUUGAAGAUUCCUUGCAAGAACUCAAGAGGCGGAAAGCCCGUAGGAGGUGGUCUUUAGGGGAAGACUCGCUUGUCUACAAGAGACAAUUAUCGCCCGAUCUGGACGAUAUUUUAUGGUCAGACAAGCAAGAAAAGAAGUUUCGGCAUGUGAAACGUACACCCCCAAUGCUUCGCUCAACACCACGUACUCCAGUUCUCCAAAGAGCAGGCGACGUGGAGCUCGAUGCAGCCCACAAGGAGGCAGCAGAGCGACUCGAUGAUAUUGCUAAGACUCUCGAUAUACAAGAUCCCAUCUUCAAAGAGCAAUGGCAUCUGUUCAACCCCACUCAACUGGGACAAGAUAUGAACGUCACAGGGCUUUGGCUGCAGGGUAUUACAGGCAAUGGGACUAUCUCGGCGAUCAUUGAUGAUGGCCUUGACAUGUACAGCAAUGACAUCAAGGACAAUUAUUAUGCCGAAGGUUCAUACGACUUCAACGAGAACUCACCUGAGCCCAAGCCCUUACUCUUCGAUGACAAACACGGCACUCGCUGCGCUGGUGAAAUCGCCGCUGUGAAGAACAAUGUGUGCGGCGUUGGCAUGGCUUAUGACAGCAAGAUUGCUGGCAUUCGUAUCUUGUCCAAACCUAUCAGUGAUGAAGACGAAGCUUCUGCUAUCAACUACCACUUUCAACAGAAUCAAAUUUACUCCUGCUCAUGGGGCCCUCCUGACGACGGUGCAACUAUGGAGGCUCCUGGAAUCCUCAUCCAGCGAGCCAUGGUCAAUGGUGUGCAGAAUGGUCGAGGUGGCCUUGGUUCGGUCUUUGUAUUUGCGGCUGGCAACGGCGCUCCGGCUGAAGACAACUGUAACUUUGAUGGUUAUACCAAUAGCAUUUACAGCAUUACGGUGGGUGGUAUAGACAGGAUGGGUGAUCACCCAUACUAUUCAGAGGCUUGCUCUGCUCAGUUGGUGGUGACUUACAGCUCUGGCGCCAAUGAUGCCAUCCAUACCACCGAUGUUGGCACAGAAAAAUGUUACAAUGGUCAUGGCGGGACCUCUGCCGCAGGGCCCCUGGUGGUUGGGACAGUUGCCCUCGCCUUGAGUGUGCGACCAGACCUUACUUGGCGGGAUUUACAGUACCUUUGUGUCGACACCGCAGUUCCAAUCCAUCUUGACGAUGGUGAUUGGCAGAAUACGACCAUUGGUAAGAAAUUCAGUCAUACCUUUGGAUAUGGUAAAAUCGAUGCCUAUACCUUCGUGGAAGCUGCAAAGACUUUCGAGUCGGUCAAGCCGCAAGCAUGGUUCCACUCACCAUGGCUUUCCGUCCAACAUGCGAUUCCCGAAGGCGAUCAAGGUCUUGCAGCGAGCUUCGAAAUCACACCAGACAUGCUGCAGCAGGCAAAUUUAGGACGACUCGAACACGUCACCAUCACUAUGAAUGUUCAGCACGGUAGAAGAGGAGAUCUGAGUGCUGAUCUUGUCAGUCCCAGCGGAGUGAUUAGCCAUAUUGCAACUUCCAGACGCCCCGACUCGUCCAAAGAUGGAUAUGAUGAUUGGACUUUCAUGUCUGUAGCGCAUUGGGGCGAAAAUGGGGUUGGCAAUUGGACUGUGAUCGUCAAAGACCAAAAAGAAAAUGAGUUUAAUGGGACAUUUAUUGAUUGGCGAUUAAAUCUAUGGGGCGAAGCAAUCGACGCACAGAUCCAAGAAUUGCACCCCCUUCCUGAUGAACAUGACGAUGAUCAUGAGACGGUAACAGCAGUAGUGAGCACUACCAGCGUCGACGCUGGGAGCCAUCCGACCACUCUUCCUGCCACUCCUACGGAUCACAUUGACCGACCUACGAAGCCCAAGCCAGGGGCAGACACUACGGAGACAGUGACGACUACCAGCACCGUUCCCGUUCCAGUGGCCACAGAGACUGUGGUGACCUCAAGUAGCACGACAGACUCGGCUGCGGAAGCCACUCAUACCUACUCUGAUAGCUUCCUUCCAGGAUUCUUCCCAACUUUUGGCGUUUCUAAGCGGACACAGAUAUGGAUAUACGGUUCCUUGGGGCUCAUUAUUGUGUUUUGCGCUGGACUGGGGGCAUAUUUCUUCGUUCAACGUAGAAAAAGACUUCGGAACAACCCUCGGGAUGCCUAUGAAUUUGAGAUGGUGGGAGAUGCCGACGAAGAUGAACAGCAACGCCUGAAUGGACGAAGUGGCCGUGGCGGGCGAGCUCGACGUGGAGGUGAACUGUACGAUGCUUUUGCAGGGGAGAGUGACGAUGACCUUUACAGUGAUGAUGAAGCAUAUCAGGAUACCCCUACUGAAGACACAGGGUCCGGGUCGGGGUCAGAAGGGCGAGAAAAGACAUCAGCAUAA